ACGGAGGGGGCGACGGCCGCCGUGACGCUCCGGCGGCGGCGCGUGAGGCGCGCGAUUCCCCGCGUCUUGGGACUAGUGUCCCGGCCGCCGCCGCCAUGUCGGGCCGCUCCGUCCGGGCCGAGACCCGCAGCCGGGCCAAAGACGACAUCAAGAAGGUGAUGGCUGCCAUCGAGAAAGUGCGGAAAUGGGAGAAAAAGUGGGUGACUGUGGGUGACACAUCCCUUAGGAUAUUUAAGUGGGUUCCUGUGACAGACAGCAAGGAGGCAUCAGUAUUGUCUUCUGUGGACGCCAUGGUGCUGGAGCUGCCCGGUGUUGGGGGUGCCUUCUGUGUGCCUGUGUGCCUGUGUGCCUGUCCUCGUUGUUGGCUACUCUGGCUGCUAAUCUGUGAUGCCAAGCCCCGGCUUCCCUCUAGAAAGAAAAGUCAAAAUCGAACAGUUCAGCAGCCCGGGAACCUAAUGGCUUUCCCUCUGAUGCCUCAGCCAAUUCCUCUCUCCUUCUUGAAUUUCAGGGAAGUGGUUAAUGAACUCCUGCUGUGUGCCCGGUACUUACUGUGUGUUGCAUGUGGGAGUCACAGAGCCUGCGGAACAGCUGUGUGAAGCAGUGAGCGCAGGGUGCACAGAGCCCAAGAGGAGCAUGUUCCCCCGCAGGAGCCAGGGAGCAGGACUGCUGCACUGCAGGUGUAGGGCUUUCCAGAGAGCCUGGGCGGGGAAGUCACAGCAGCACAGAGGACUGUGUCUGAACAGCCCUUGGGUUAGCGUGGAGCUUGCUGAAGCCCAGGCUGCUUGUGGCAGAACAGCAGGCAGUGAGGGCAGAAAUCAGCUGGACUUCGCAUGUGGUGGUUGGGCCUAAGUGGCAUCCUGUAGGUGGCAGGGACUAUGCCAGGGUUUGGCUUGAUGACUCUGGCGUGGUGUAAGGGCAGGGCACUCAGUGACUGUCACACAAGCCCAUGCAAGAGACGAUGAGGCCUUGGGGCUGGGGCUGGGGCUGGGGCUCAGUGGUAGCAUGCUUGCCUACCAUGCACAAGGCCUUGAGUUCAAUCCCCAGUACCACUUACAAAAGACAGUGAGGCCUGAACUAAGGCAGCAGGAGAGGACAGAGCAGGCUCAAGUGACCUCACAGCAGGAGGAGACAUCAGUCGGGUGACCAGCCCUGGAGGGAGGGAGGGACAGGACAGAGCUGUGGUCGUUUUUAAUUUAGAUGGCAACUUUGAGCCUUCAGAGAGAGUGCCCAGGUUGUAGUCCCUUAUCUGUGGGGAGUCAGGCAGCCAAAAGCAUGAACUGACCACCUCCAGACACCAGCCUCCUUCAGGUACCCAAGAGUGCCAGGCUAAUGCUGGCAUUUCCUGGGUGAUGUUAGAAAGAUGGGAAGUACUGACUGUGGCCGCAGCUCCACCCUUUCUUCCGCUGGGCAGUGAGAAAAGACCAGGCCCAAAUUGUAAUUGGUGUUAAUGAAGAAGCAGCUAAAUAAGCAUAACCCAAACCUCCCAAAGUCUGAAAGAUUUUGAUGCGUUGGUGCUUAGAAUAUGUGUGGUCAAAUAGAAAGUAAUUAAUUCCCUUAGACUCUGCAGAGAAUUGGCAGUGCACAGAAGCCCCCCCGGGGGGGGGCGGCAGUGUCUGCAGUAUUGACACAGUGUCCACUGUGCUCACGGCUGCCUGUGGAGAUGCCAGCUUCCCAGCUCUGGACUGAGUGUCCCUUGAACAUGACUGCCCCAGCUGGUGCCCUUGCUGUGUUUGGU